GAACAGUCGUAUUAGAGUGCUGCAGUUGUUUGGUUGCUGGUCUGUGUGAUUGUAAUAAGUUUAGGUGUAGUUUGUUACUUGUUUUACUACGACGUGUGUAUAAUAAUUAAGAUAAACAAAAUACCCCUGGGAGUAGUGAAUAGCUUACUAACCGUCAUCGAACGGUAGACAACUUUUUGUGUCAUACUUAGAUGUUUAGAUAUGUUUAGGACGAAUUGUUAACAAAGUUGUUAGUUAGCAAUAUCAAGAGAUUUGCUUAAAUCUACUACUAAAGCAAUCCCCAGGUUGGUUAGAAGCUUAGCUUCGGUGAUAUCUAAUACAAUCACAUGAAAGUUUUGAUGAGUUCAUUCCAAUGAACUCACCUGCACAAAAGUUCAGUAGUAACCAUACAGGUUUAGAAGUAAAAUUACAAAGCUCUCCGCUUGAUGAUGACUACAACCCAUUCGAGAAUCGACGGGUUAGGAAAGCCACCUCCUCCACUGGAACGUUAAUUCAUCUGAUAAAGAGCUCUCUCGGUACGGGCAUUCUCGCUAUGCCUUUGGCCUUUCGGAAUGGCGGUUUGGCGUUCGGGAUUUUGGGCACCGUGAUAGUCGCUGUGAUUUACGCUCAUUGUGUGCACUUACUGGUCAGUACAUCUCAAAAGUCAUGUAAACGAAACAAGAUCCCGUCGCUUGGGUUUUCUGAGACUGCUGAAAGCGUGUGCGCCAAUGGACCUCCGCGUGUACAAAGAUUUGCAGGAUUUGCCAAGGGCUACAUAGAUUACAUGCUACUAGUGAUGAGCUACUUCUCGGUCAGUGUCUAUCUGGUCUUCAUAUCCACAACAAUGCGCGAUGUUAUCAACUACGAACUGGAGCUUCAAUGGGAAACCCGAACUUACAUUCUGAUGACAACGGCCGUUGUGGCACUAAUAACGCAAGUUCGAGAAUUAAAAUAUUUGGUUCCGUUUUCCUUGCUCGCCAAUUCUUCCAUAUUCGUGGUGUUCAUCAUUACGCUUUAUUAUAUCUUCAAAGAACCUGUCUCCAUAGAGAACCGGAAUCUUUGGCCGGAAUGGAGUAAUUUACCAUCGUUUUUCGGUAUAGCAGUUUAUGCAAUCGAGGGCAUUGGAAUUGUGUUACCGGUUGAAAAUAAGAUGAAACAUCCUCAGGACUUUCUAAAACCAAUAGGUACAGUUAAUGUGGGAAUAUCCUUCAUCAGUGUACUCUAUGUCGUCACUGGCUUUUUUGGCUAUGCACGUUACGGACCAGAUACUAAAGGAUCAAUUACGCUCAAUUUACCCACCGAGGAAAUAUUAGCUAAAUCAACGCAACUGUUGGCUGCUUUGGCAAUUCUACUCACCACCGGUUUGUAUUACUACGUACCCAUGGAAAUCCUGUGGCUAAAGAUAGGACACAAGAUUUCUCCGAGGUGGGAAAAUCUGGCCCAAAUAGGCAUACGCUUGGGAAUAGUUGUCCUAAUGAUGGGCUUAGCACUGACGAUUCCUCAGCUGGAGUACUUCAUCGGAUUUGUGGGUUCUAUUGGAUCUGCGACGUUGGCCCUGCUAACCCCGAUUACCUUGGACACAAUUUUCCGGUGGCCGAAUGAUUUUGGCUGGCUGAAGUGGCGGUUGGUGAAGAAUGCCGUACUUGCGACUUUUGGAGGAUUCAUCCUGAUCGUUGGAACUUACUUCAGUAUACAGGAUAUUAUUGAAAAUAUUUAGUGUUUUUUGGAGUAGACUGUGAAUUUUUUAACAAAAUUGGGCGUGCAUGUUAGGUUAAUGAUACGAAUUAAUGUACAAUAAAAAUGAUUUUUGACUCAAGAUUGAGCUGCAUGAGUCAAUAAGUUAUAGCCAUAAAUUUAAAAAGUCGAAGUUGAAAUAUUAAAAAAUUGUACAAUCGAAGAGACAAAAAAAAAGUAAAAUCAAUCAUUAGAGAAGCGACAAAUCUAGAAAACAAAAAAUCCAAAAACUCAAAGUUUUAAGGAGUUGUAAGGUUAACAAGCAAAAAGUACAAAAUCUCAAAAUAGAAUUGUUUCUAAACUUAUUUUUGUUCCAUUUAAAUGUAUUUUUUAUCUGUUUGACCCUGUUGUACGAUGAUGCUAAGUUAUUAAAUAAAUAAAUAAAAAAUUUGCUUAAGAAUGAAAAAGUGCAUUGUGA